AUGGGCGGCCAGCCCGCGUGGGCGCCCGAGCUGUUGAGCAUCCAGCACGUUAACACGCAGGCCAGCCAGCACCGCAAUAUAUUCAUUGAGGAUGGGCUGGUGACGGCAGUGACGGCGUACCAUAAGGGGUUCCACGCGAGUAAUGACAUCAAGCUGAUCCACCGGUACGUGCCGCGGGCGGUGGGGGAGUUGAUCGUGUGGUACAUAUGGUUAGUGUUGCCGUUCACUGAGCAGUUAACCGCGUGGCAGGCAGCGCAGCAGCAGCAGCAGCAGCCAGUAACCCAGCCAGCAGGCAGGGCAUUAGGGUUAGGGUUUGAUAGGGGUAGGGAUGAUGCCCAAGCUCGCGCGCCCAGGGUAGGGUUAGCCUACCCAUCCAGCCAACCUGCAGGCGCCACCACCGCAGCAUCAGGGUUAGGGUUAGGGUUAGCCAGCCCGUAUUUAUGGGGCCCCGAUGCCGGCACGCAGCGCGCGUGGACGUCUGACCGGUUCCGCGAGGUGUUGAAGCGCGAGACGCAGGCGCGGUUAGGCCAGGCAUUAAACAUCCCCGCGUACCGGGACAUCGCCAUUGGGAUCAGCCGGUGGUUCAUGCGUGGGGCCAGCGCGUUCAGAAGCAACGCCUAUAACGAGAAGGAGUAG